CAGCGCUCGUCCAACACAUAAUACCUACGGGGAAUCGAAAACGACAAACAAUGAAGAACGAUGGCGAGUCAACAUUGAUUCCGUCGUCGUUGGUUACCCGUUCCAAGGUUCUGCGAGCACCUUUUGUUUCUUCCGCUUCCACUGCUACGCCAAAAAGCCGAGACGUGGCGACGAUUGCUAGUGGCACCGAUGAUAAAGGAGACAAUACCAUCGCCAUCUUUGAACACGAAGAAAGGGAAUAUCUCGAGAUUCUGCUACUUGAUCUUCCGCAAUCUCUACGACUUCGUCAGUACAAUACAUCACACGAUUCCUGGGGAAUUUAUUCGACCGUAUGGGACGGUGGUAUAGCUUUACUGAAGUACGUGUGCGAUCAAUACUCCGACGUGUGGGACCAAAUGCGUUUGCUUGAUUUGGGUUCCGGCACCGGUAUCGUUGGACUAGGCGUAGCCGCGUGUUCCCGGGGCACGGUCGCCACGGCUGUCACCGAUUUGACCGCCGCGUUGCCCCUGCUGCGGGAAAAUAUUGCCCGGAACGCGUCCCACUGGACUGGAGUGGAUGCGGGAGUUCACAGACCGAGUGUUCUGGACAUCACAUGGGGUAAACGUAUGGAAAACAAUGACUGGCUGCAGCAAUUUCUUUCCAUAAAUGACCGGAAGAAGGAUACGACUAUUUGCGCAGGUUCGCCACCACCCACGAGUAUCUGUUCCAACUCACGAAGGAAGCUGCAGCGCCGUGUCAUCAUUACCGGAGCAGAUAUUGUUUAUCGACCUUCCUUGUUUGAACCACUGCUCAGCACCCUCGCCGAGCUUGAAUCUCGAGUACACCAAGUUUUGAAAGGUCAAGACCCAGUGAUCGAAGUUUUGCUCUCUUGUCAAUCUUGUCGCUCAUACUUGGAUGAUUUUUGGCAAGCAGCCCGACGACGUGGCUUUAACGCAGAACUUCUCGCCAUCGCCGACCUCGACCCCGCCGACAAACAUAAUUUGGAGUCGUGUCUGCUAUACCCGGCUGAAGAUCGUACUAUACCAGUUUCAAAGCAGAAGUACCCCACCAAGGAAGGAAGGGUAUUUAUUGUGCGGAUUUAUAGAUUGCCAUAUACCUUUGCCAUCUAA